AUGGCUCACCCUUUUAGUCAACAAUCAGAGACUGGGCAGUGUAGGAGCACCAGGAUUCAUGACAAAGGGGCUCCUCAAGCCCCUAAACCCACCCCGGCCACAGGCAGCCAGAAGAAGGCCCAGGAUUCAACCUUGGCUAGUGGCUCUAAGCGACAAAACACUAAGAAGACCUCUGCAGCUGCUAAGACUGGGACUGGGACUGUGGCUGAAUGUGAUAAUGAUAAUGACCCGGCACUGGGCCCCUCCAUUGCCCCUCCAGGUCGAACUCACAAACGGGCUGCAAGCCCAGAACCAAAAGUCCCUACUGCACCUUCCUCUACAGUCCAGGCAGCUAAAGCAGGAAGAAAGAGGGCAAAACAAGAUGAUUCCAAAGGGAAGGGUGCUACUCAGCAAACACACUUUGCUGAGGGAGUCACUGCAAUUUCUGACUCCAUGUCUGAAUCAGCAAAGUCCAAAUCAACUCUUCAAAUUUCAGAUACUGCUCCAAGUGCAGUGGACACUGGAAGCAGAGAUGAUGCAACUGGUGACUUUGAAGAGUUCAAUAUCCCCAGCAGUGAUGAGGAUGUUGAUGAAGACAGAAACAAACAGGACGAAGAUAACAAAGAACAAGAUACUAUUCAGCUUUUGAGUGGAUUGAAAGUUACAAUCCAAUUCAUUGGUCCUGGGUCAUCUCCAUGGAACAAUGUAAUUUCCCCCUAUAGCCAUGCCGCUUGGCCAUCCACUCAGGUUGAAGUGGAUGGAUGGAGUGUCUUGAUGCAGGAUAUUCUUUCCACUGCCCAGGAGUAUCUAGGUACUGAUUGGAUUACAAGUGAGUUUCUAUCUCUAGCUGUCAUAAACCCAAAGUUUCAUUUUUUUCCCAAUGAUUUACUCAGUCUCGUAUCUCAUACCUGGAUGGCGAAGACACUAUUCAACUUGGAAAAGUUGAGAGUGACUCUUGCAGGACAUAUUGUAUCCAUAUUCUUUCUUGGCCCCUCUAUUCCUCACCCCAAUCCAAUGAAUCCCACUAUCCCAUAUACACCACCUACUGAACCAGCCCCUUCUGCCACAAUUGGAAAGGCUUCCCUUGGGGAACUCAGUAACCUCUGGAAGGUGUGGCAAACUAUGGAGAAGCAGGCCCAAUUCAAUGCUUUGAAGGACUCUCACCGUACAACAGCUUGCAGCAUUUAUGAGAUGCUAGCAAUUGUGAAGGAGUUCACUCAAUCUGUUCCAAUUAUCCCUGCUUCCUUUCCUGGACAUGGAAAGGCUGUCCCCCUCCGAGAGCUCUAUAUUGCUGUGACUUCCUGUAGUGACAGUACUGUUGCUCACCAUCUUAUCAUCUACAGUACCUACAUGGAGUUCCAGAACAACCCUCAGGCACGUCAUCUUGAAUCAGUAUGGGACAAUGAACCAGUCAAGGACCUCAAGUAUGCAUAUGAUGAUCCAAACUCUGAGACAAAGGUUCAUAGCCUCCAAGAAAUCAUCACAUAUCUCAAGUAUCUCAAGGCAAAUGGGGUGGAGCCAAACCAGAAUAAGAAAUCCAAUGUGUACCUACCUUUCAAAUUGAGGAAUGUUUUCAAUGUCUUUGUACUCCUGUGUUUCCUGCCUAUGGUGUAUGCUUCAACUGCAAUGGGCCUUGCAGAGACAUUCACCUCAGCAACUCCAAGGAUCAUGGGCUAUGCUAUGGCUGUUAUUCUUUUUUUCAUCCUGCACAAUGGGGAAUAUCUCCAUCACCAUUAUCUCCAAUCCCAAGCAACCCUUAAUCCCAACUUUCCAUCUUCAUGGAUACGUCAUCUCAGUGCCCACCUAUUCUCCCAGGACUCACUUGCCCUUCCUCAACUGGACCAAAAGACCCAGAACUAUCUUAUCCUUGAAGCUGAAAAUGGACUUGGGCUUUCACAUGAAUUCCUUUCAGACCCACACCUCAUUCAUCCACAACCAACCCUGUUAGGACCCAGUUAUUUUGACUGCCAAGUGUGUGGUGGAUGGUUGAAGCAAACUAGACAAUGUGUGGAUAUAUGGAUUUUGGAGGAUAAUGGUGUCUACAUUGGCCAGCUUGCACAGGGAAACUGCCAGUCCUGCAAUACAUCUCACUUUCCAGAUCACUAUCACACUUCCAUCAAUGGGAAACUUACCAAUAUCUUUAAUCCUGAUGCAGCUUAUCUCCGCAUUGGAGUUGUGCAAAGCUGUCAUAUCCGUGCAUACCCGACCCCGACCCGACUUCCGGACCUCCACCCUCCUCACCUCCGGAGUCAUAACCUACCGCUGCCGUUCCGAUACUCACCCUCGGUCCUGGCAACACACCUCCUCCUUACCUCUCUGACCCUAUCUCCGUCUGCUCCGAUACUCAUCUCGGACCGAACACCGCCCCUCUCGCCACCCUCCUACUACUCCGCUCCCCCUUCACAACACCUCCACCCUCCCGUCAUCCUCCUACGCUUCCCCCGUCCGCUCCGAUACUCACCUUCGGACCUGACUACUCCCCUUUCCGCCACCCCUUCUCCCCUACCUUUCCCCUCUCUCCUCCCUCUGUUACUCCUCCGCCACCCUUCCGCCAAGUUACGACCUUCCACCGCUGUUCCGUACUUCGCACUCGGACACCGCUUGUACCUUGUUCCGAGCCUCCGUCAUAGUCCCUACCUCGGACUUUGA